GAUGCUCGCGCCCAACUCAGCAUCACCAAGCACGCGUAGGAAGGCGCGCCCGUGAAUUGUAUAAAGUGUGUGCGAAACCAAAGAACGCGUCACAGCUCAUUCAAUUCCCAGUCAGACGCCGACUAGCACAGAGACAACCAUGGCUUCUGGGGUUAAAGUAGACGAGAAUGUGCUCCACCUCUUCAAUGACAUGAAGGUGCGCAAGGCCAACCUCAGCGAGGACGAGAAGAAGAAGAGGAAGAAGGUGGUUCUCUUCUGUCUGAGCAGCGACGAGAAGAAGAUUGUCGUGGAGGAAGGCCGCGAGAUCCUGCAGGGCGACGAAGGCGACCCCUACACCAAGCUCAUCAACAUGCUGCCCAGUGACGACUGCCGCUACGCACUCUAUGAUGCCACAUUUGAGACGAAGGAGACCAAGAAAGAGGACCUGGUCUUUAUCUUCUGGGCUCCUGACUCGGCUCCCUUGAAAAGCAAGAUGAUCUACGCUAGCUCCAAGGAUGCCAUCAAGAAAAAGUUCACAGGCAUCAAACACGAGUGGCAGUUGAACGGUUUGGACGACAUCAAGGACCGGAGGAGUCUGGCUGAGAAGCUAGGUGGCACAUCGGUGGUCUCCUUGGAAGGGAAACCCCUCAACGAAUGAGGACAACCUCCCUGUGGGGCUUAGCUGUUCAUUCCAACAGGGUGGGGCAGCAGGAGAGGCAGGAUCAUUGGUGGGACUGUAAAGGGGCAAUAUUUGCGGGUGGGGUGGGUGAGAGGGACUGUUUCCAAACACCACACAAUUUUAGGCUGUCAUUCCGGUUCAUAUUCAAGGGACGAAAACACAAAAAAAGGAAAAGGACAUUGAAAAGAUUUUUAAAAAAUGAAGGAGAAUGAUUGAUUAUAACUUGAGAAAUUAAUAUGUGCUGACAGGUUGGGUUAUUUUUUUUUUGUUUCUCAUUUCCAUUAGUGCUGGAGAGUCGGACAGGGCAGCAACCGUUGCAAUUUACUACAAUUGAUUCCUGCAAAAUUCAGUUCCUUGCCGUUUUUGUUACUUUCCUUUUUUUGCCAAACCUCUUGGUAUGUUUUUGUAUGUGUGUGCACUUGAGACUAUAGGAAGAGUAGAGACGGAAACAUUUCACUCCAAAAGAAUGAUUGCACGUGAACAAAAAGCAUUCUGGGAUUUUUCUUUUUUUUUUAUCCCCCACCCUGCCCCUUAUUUUGUUGGGGUUUUGUUUUUUUAUUUCACAACCAUUUCCAAGUUUCAAACCAGGGCAUCAUUGUGAUAA